AUGUUCGAUGUCACCACGCCCGGCGCGCAAAAUGCCAUCGAUGCCAUGUCUGACGUUUUGUCCGGUUCGCCGGAAUCACAGGACCUACCAAUGCCCUCUCCCAACGAUGCGCGCGCGAAGAACACCCCGGAUAAGAAGGUGGUCGAUCUGGGACAGAAGUUGGCCAAGAAGCGAUCGCAGGACUUUGCGUCCAAGAUCCAGGGCUGGAAUCAGGCGGGAGGAGGCAUCGUUCAAGAGCAAGAUCAAGUCGUGGUGAUUGAGGAGCGAGCGCCUGAGCCGAAGAAAGUAGGCAAGAAGGCUAGCAAGAGCAAUGGUGUUGCGCAGGUUGUGGUGGAGACCGAGGCGAAGGAGGUGGAGGUUGUAGAGGAGGAGGCCAGGCCGAGCAGACCUACAACACCGAAGACCCCCGGCACACCUGCUGUAGUGACGCCAAAGACAUCUGGCGCGAAGAAGACGGGACGAGAUCUGGACCUGGAGCGAGGGGCUUGGGUGCGGAGGAAGAGCAAGCCUUCCAACGAGCCUACGCCGGAGGUCAAGGGUGUGGGCACGCCUAAGAAGCGUGUUAUCAGUGAUGGCCACUGGCGACGAGACCGGACCAAGGAAGAGCCCAAGCCAACGCCUGAGAAGGAGAGGGACACUACACCCAAACCCGUCACGAUUAAGAGGAGUGUUGUCAAUGUGGGUAUGAAAAUCCCACCUUCACACCAGGACUUUGCCGAGUCUGAACCAGAGCCUGAACCACUCCGAAUCCGACCUCUGAGACAGUCUCGGUCCAGAUCCCGAUCUCCUUCGGCCGAUGGACGCCGUGGAACGCCGGACUAUGAGACCAGCGGCACGAAAGUGUACAUCAAGCGGCGACGGAGGUCAAGAACGGUCGAAGAAGAUGCGAAGUACAAGGACCCCAGAAAGUCCGAGAGCAGCUUCACAGCGCCGUCCUCGAUCGACAAGCCCAGUUCUGCAACGGACAUCACCACACCAAGUACUACUCCGCCGAAAGAUAUCAAGAGACCAGUGUCAGAACCUCGUGAGAGAUUACGGAAGUCAGCGAGCAGGGAAGACGGGCGUGUCAGAUCAGCCACACAAGCUCUAGAAACUGAAGAUGCACAGCGUGUUGCAAGUGGUGGACGGCGAAGGGCCAAGACCCCAGUCAGCGAUGAAGAUCGAUUACGGCCUUCAACUUCAGCACAGGCAUACGCAAAGAAGAUCACGGAGCCCUUGAAGAAAGCUUCGACUCCUCCCCCUCCUGCGCCGGCUCCUGCUGCACCAGCACCGCCCAAGGUCUAUGGCAAUCGUAUCGAAGGAUGGCUGGCCAACAUGCCGGAUCCUUUCACUGACGCGCGAAGUCUCACGCCUGAGCCGCUUGAUAUACCCAAGAAAAAGUCUCGAAAGCGGCUUGAUGCGGAAGUUGACAACACUCCACCGGAUGAAAACCGAAAGAGUAGCGGACAGAGACGAACUUCUCGAAAAGAGCUUGUCCGCGACAUCGAGGACAGGCAUGAGGCUGAAGAUUCAGGAGACUGGUCGCCCUCCGGUCCAGCAAGCUUGAAGCGACGAGGAGCCCGCAAAAAGUCCACGUCGCCCGUCAAAGGCCGUGAUAGCCGUGACUCUACGCCAACAAACGAUGCCAUGAUGAGCGGUGCGCUUCCAAACUCUUCAUUGCAGAGCUCACGAACAUCCUCUGCCAACACGCAAUCGGACAGAUUCCGCAUACCAAGUGGUGGCAGGCCAUUGUCUACGAUUCUAUCAGUCGACACUCAGCCUCCACCACGAGCUCCGCCUCACAAACGCCAAUAUCCUACCAUUCCUGAAGACGCCAGCAUUGCAGACGGCAGUGUGCUGUCUCGCGCUAGUGACGGAGACAGUCCACGCCGAAAUGGCACAGGUUUGAAACGGCGUGCUACGAAGCACGAAGAUUUGAUGUCGGUGCUGUCAAUGUCUCGAGACGACUCGCAUCCCAUCACCUCACGGCGUAGUAUACGAGCGAGUCGAAGGCAAGCAAGACCGGAACCUGCCACUGUUGGAGACGUCAUGAACGAAUUGUCUACCGACGAACUCAGAUAUCAGCGUGAGCUGCGUACUCUGGUGGAUGGUGUCAUUCCCGUGUUACUGCAACAUGCGCUAUCUGACAAUGGCUCCGCUCCUGCCAAGCGGGUCUUCAGUCACCCGACUAGUGACACGAGGCCCAUUGUCGAUAUGGGAGUCGCGCUUGAAAAGCUAAAGACGAUGCACAAGCGUAUUCCCAUGCACGAACCGGGAGAGCUGUUGAUCUGGGCCGACGGCGCGGCACGAUUGUACUCUGAAUAUCUUCGAGCCUGGAGGCUGGGCUUCAAAGACAUAGUAGUCAAUCUUGCACCAGCGGAGCAGACUUCAAAAAAACACGGCUCGGCAGCUUGGGACGAUGGCUUACCCCGUAAUAAGGAUGGUGAUCUUGUGGAUGGGAAGGGAGAGAGAGUGGACGUUGCUUACCUCCUGAAACGACCAUUGGUUCGUGUCAAACAUCUGGCCAAGGUAUUCAAAAUCAUUAAUCAGCUUCAACCUUCGGCAAACGCGGAGGACAUGACGGCUAGAUACAACGAUCUGGUGGCAGAUGCGAAGAGGCGUGUGAACGACGAGCAAGCACGGCUCGAAGACGAAGCUGCUUCUGCAAUCGACGCAACCCGAGCGAGAGAUCCACGCAGCUUGGCCCCCAUCACAGGUGUCAGCAUCGAUCCGACACGAUCUGUCAGAGCACGAGACUACUUCGACAUGGACAUGAAUCAUUCGAGUGGGCAGCAGCUUGGCUGUAAGAUUGAAAUCAUUUACAGAGACGAUGCGCCCGAUCGUGGUAAAGCUGGAGACCUACUUUUCUGCGAAGUGUCCACCGUCGGUCGAUGGCUUCUGUUCCCGCCUCUACCUCUCAGUCUCGUCUCGGCCCGCAAAGGUGAACGGCCGGGUGAGAUGGUGGUCAUGAUACGAGGUUUCCUGUCUAACGCGCGGCAAUGGCGAGAAGUGAUGUCGCUCCAAGCUGACGACGAGCAAACAGCAAUCGACUGGCUGCCAAUGUUGGGGUCAUCACCGAUGCCUCCACGGCUUUCGAGGAAGUCGAGUUUCAACAUGCUCAAAGCAGCGCCUGUUCCUGCGUCGGGUUCAGCGGAGCCGUUUGGGCAGUCAGGUGACUCUCCGGACAAGAGCAGGGAUCCCUCACCACGAGAGAUCGAAGUGCCUAUAGGCGAACGAGCAAAAUCCUCCUCUAGAAUCUGGGAUGGCAGCGAGGUUAACAGCGUCUACACAGAAGACGAGCCUACGACGCUCCGAACGACCAAGGCAAAGAGAUAUUACACCACAAUCUCCCCGGCGGCCCCAGAUGAUAUUCAUCAAAACGACAGGGAUAAUGCUACACAGCCUGCGUAUUUUUACGACCAACCACGGCAUGACAUGCACUCUGGACACGCCGCAAGACGGCCGGUGACGAGCCAUGCGAGGUCAAAGUCGGAAUGGACGGGCUCUUCAAUUACUGCCAGCUCCCAGAACUACAGCGUGUGGAUGCCUUCGGAGGAUAGAGAUCAAUACUCGGACGGUUCUGUCAGCGACGAAGACAGACCUGGACGGCGAAAGAGUAAACGACCUGGAAUGCAUCGACGCACUUCAUCGGUACCUUCGAUGGACAUGCCGACGAUACCUAAACUGAGGCAACCAUCGACUCCAAAGCGACCUGAAAGCCCGUCAUCAGAUCGUGACAUGUUGCCUUCGCAGAAGAGAGCAGCCGCUGAACGUGAGGCCGAUCCUGCUUCUGCUCCGGCUAAGCUACAAAAGCGACGGUUAUCGAUGUCGAAGGCAGAGCCGGAGAAAGACAAGGCGCCACCGGCAUCGAAACAAUCGAGGCCCAUGUCGCUUGGUCUGAAGUCGAAUAUCAUACCGUCGUUCACGCCAGCUUGGAUGAAGAAAGAUCGACGGCCAUCGUCGCCACUGAAGCAUGAGUAUGAGCCAUCUUCAGCAUCGGAUUCGUUGUCUGACAGCUACUUCUCUGACCUGGACGACAUUGAAUCGCUCACGUCAGAGUCUAAUGUCGAUGAUGAAGAUGAGGACUUCUCGAAACGGGAGGACGUCUCUACUGUUGGUGAUCUCAAUGCUUUCCAGCAGUACACCAUGAGAGGUGCAAGACAUUCUCCACCGCCCGCAUCUCUGCCUGUUCUUCCGGAGAACAGCCUGGAUCCAUCUGAAUCUGCUUCCCAAGCGCCUUACCGGUCUGUACCACCGACUCGAAUGGAGCCCGCAAAGACCGUUGCUUGCAUUUUCUCGUGGUCAGAAAAAGGCACUUGGGACAGCCUGCAUCCGGAAGAGUGCCAGAUCUAUGUGACGCCGGGGUUGAUUGAAGCGUUCGACAUUGCUCAAGCCAACUCGGUGCCUCUGUCAGGCGAUGGCGAAGAGCUUACUCCAUCUGCCAAGGGUAUCCGGCCAUUGAUCGCUCUCGAACUCACGCCACUCGUUCCUCUGCGAAGAGGCACUGCAGUCGACAUCUCUAUUCGAUCGCCUCCCACCGCGAACUCGGUCAUCCGCAUGGGCAACAACGUCAUGUUCCGCUCUCGCUCCCCUGAAGAGUGCGAGAAGCUGUACAACCUCAUCAAUCGUGCUCGCAUCGACAACCCAACCUACAUCGCCCUUCAGAACGCCAGAGGACCACCACAACAGAGCAACUGGGGCGAAGUCAUGGACCGCCGAAACAACCUCCGAUCGACCGGCAAGUCCUGGUGGAACCUUGGAUCGAAGAUGGGCAGCUCGUACCGCUCCAAAGGUAGUAGAACCGCUUCCAUCGCAGCAACCGAGUCAUCCGUCGGCACCGUCGGGUCCGCCUUCUCAGCCCUCCGACGCUUCAGCGCAGGCAGCCGUAUCUUCGACCUCGCCAAGAGUACCAUUCAGUCCAAGACCGGCACCCGCAGCACGCAAAGCGAAUCCCUCUCUUCCGGCGCCGCCACCCCCAUCCCCUUCGACACCAGCAUGGGCACCCCCGUCGGCAUCACCAACGCCAAAGUCCGUCUGUACGUGCGCGAAUCCGCCGCGAAAUGGCGAGAUAUGGGCUCCGCCCGACUGAACGUGAUGCUCCCACCGCGCCCGGACCCGUCGAUCCCCGCCAACCCCAAGACGACGGGCGCGGAGAAACGCAUCCUGCUCUACGGCAAGAGCAAAGGCGAGUUGAUCCUCGACGUCACGCUCGGCGAGAGUGCGUUUGAGCGGGUCGCACGCACGGGCAUCGCGGUGAGCGUGUAUCAGGAGAAGGAGCAUAUCGGUGCUGUUGGGGGUGUGAUGAGUGCCAAGACGACGGUGUUUAUGAUUCAGAUGAAGUCGGAACGUGACGCGGCGUAUACCUUUGGGUUGGUGGGGAAGUUGAGGUAUUAA